AUGGCCCGGUACACACCCAAUGGCAUUGCUUCGGCAAUGCAAUCGCUGCGCCUAUGCAGCUCAUUACCAUCUCGACCCAGCUUUCCUGUCCUCCACCAGACAGUCCGCAACUAUGCGACCGAGACUCAACCCGAGACUUUGGAGCAACAGCCGCUGCCACCAGCACCCGAGCAAGUGAGCGCGGCACCUCCAAUCAACUUCGACCUCUUCCGCCUCCAACCCGCCCGAAUUAUCCCUGCUUCCCCCUCCUACUUCUCCGGCAACCCGCGCUUCAUCGACCACGUCCUCCGGCUCGAGGCCCUGCAACUCAAACAUGCCGGUCUCCCAACAGUAUCCGCCGGUGAAGCACCACGCAUGGCCUGGUUUAAACUGGCGCAGUUCCGCGACUUUGUUGGCGAAGCCGUGCCAGUGAAGAAAUAUAAGAGCUUGCUCAAGAUUCUGCAGCAGCUGAACCGGAUCGAGCCUGCCAUCGUGCCUUCAGAGGUGCGCGUUGCGCUUCAGGAUUUCCUGCGUCCCGGAAACCCUUACGCGGCCCAAAAUGCGCCGCGUACUGUUGAUGAGAAUGGACGUGCGCGGGCGAAGGGCAAGCGUAAGGAGUCGACUGCUGUUGUGCAGCUUGUUGAGGGUGAGGGUGAGGUCCUUGUCAAUGGAAAGGGAAUGGUGGAGGUUUUCCAGCGCUUACAUGACCGUGAGAGUGCUCUCUGGGCGCUCCGGUGUACCCAACGGCUGGAUAAGUAUAAUGUAUGGGCUACUGUGCAUGGUGGUGGUGUAACAGGUCAAGCGGAGGCCAUCACUUUGGCGAUUGCACGAGCAUUGUUGAUUCACGAGCCAGCCUUGAAGCCUAUUUUGCGUAAAGCGGGUGCUAUUACUGUCGAUGCUCGUCGUGUGGAGAGGAAGAAGCCGGGUCACGUCAAGGCUCGCAAGAUGCCCACCUGGGUCAAGCGUUGA